AUGUUAAAGAUGGGUAAUUGAACUUUUAUUGAAUCUGACAAAAAGAUUCCCGAGCCUUUCUUAGAUGCAAUAGCCUUACUUUCUGAGCUUUGCGGAAUAUUUUGAUGCUUAUGUUGUGAAGAUGGUAUUUCUGUUCCAUCUCUUGAGAAGGGUUAAGUUCAUACUUUUUUGUGCUAGAGAUUAUGAUUCGUCUUAAAGAAGUGCUUAGGCCAGACUUUGAAACGGAAUAAAAUAGGACCUCAAAAUUUUGAGGGUACUCCUUUGGACUUUGGAGCUCAUCUCAUUCAUCUAUUCCUAAUUCUUUGACUUUGGACUGGACGGGUAUCCAAUUAUUUGAAAUAUCUAAUCCAUCAGUAAUAAUUUUUCACCCAAACAAUUUAAUUACUUCAGUCUUAUUCAAGUCAAUAAGUGAUCUCCAAAUCUAUUUCUUUUAAAAGAAAAUCCCCUAAUAUAAACUCUUUUCGUCACUUUCAAAAGCAUCGGAAACAAAUCCUU